AUGAGUCGAAAUUAUCGCGAUUUAGAAUUGCGUGAUGCAGAUUUUUAUCGUUACGAGCUUGGCGUGGACUUGGCUCUGAAUCGAUCCGCUGUGUCGAUCGACUGUGACCGAAAAGUCGUCACGUAUACUGGAGAAAAAAUUUGUCUUCAAGAUUCCCUUGCUGAUGUUAAGGCUACAAAAAAUUUUUCUUAUUAAACACUUUCUCUUGCUGUUACUUGAUCAGAGACCACAUUGGACUACUGCUAAACAUACAUUCUUAAACAUGAACAUCUUGGUGCCGUAUUUUAAGGUGGGAAAUAGGGACCCUGACCCGAAGAUCAUGCUGCUGAAGAUGGAUUAACAUUAAUGUAUCUAUGGUAGUUCUAAUGAUGCAGAUGCUCUUGGCGAGGACGGAGGUGAAAGAGAGGCCACGAGGUGUGUUGGUUGUACUUGUGCUGCUAAAGGAGAUGAUAGUACACCUGAUGACAAAGCAAAAGCUGCUGACGCUCCUUCCAAACAAGUGAAUGUAGAGGAGAAUGCACACACUCACACUCUGGCAUUCGACAAAUGUUUGAUAUGUACUGGCGGUCGUGCGCGUGAUGGCUCCACUCCAGGAGUCUUUAAACGCAAUGGCCAUUUGGCAAUGCCAUUACGGACAGCUGCAGAUGCGGAUCGCAUCCAAACAGCGACUAACACCCUGAAAAAAGUCGUUAUUGCGGGUGCGGGGUUUAUC